AUGUCCCAGAUUUCUAUAAGUUCUUCGAUUCAAGAAAACGAUGAUAACAGCAAGAAAUUUGAUAUUGCAAUAAGCGAUGAUGGAAAGGAAGUCGUCAAAUUCAAUGCAGACAUUCAAUUACUAGAAACAUUUAAGGUUUCUAGUUCUCAACGUGUUGGGCCUCAAUUCGAACCAACAGGCUUCAGUCACAAUGUCAAAAGUGAUGCUAAACGUUGGAGUAUUGCUAUAUCUAAUGCAGUAAACGGAUUCACUAUAGUUGCGCUAUCUUUAAUUGUGGAUAAGAAUGAGCAAGAAGUUUUACAUAAUAAUAAAGAGGUUGAAGAUAUGGAAAAAAAUUUACCAGAUUUUUCUUCUACUCGUGUGUUUAUUGUAGGCGAUUCAAAGAAUACUGGUGAAGAAAAGGCAAGUUCCACAAAGAAUACAAGAAUAGCAACGUCAGUAGACUAUGUAGCCGGAGUAGUCAAUUUUACUCUGUGUCCCGAUUCUAAUUGGCUACUUACAGUGUUGAACGAAGAAGGAUUAUUUCAGCACAAGAUCAAUCCAAAUAAGGUUGAUGAUUUUUCGAAAUCUUCCCCGGCUAGCAUACCUUUCGCCUAUAAACUUAGCAAAAAGUCAAUAAAAAAAGACGAGGCGCAUUAUCUAUUACGAACUGACGAGGAAAAUUUUCAAUUGAGUGCAAGGAAUAUAAAGUCACAUUUAUAUUUUGAGACUGGGGCAAAAGAUGCGGUACACGCAUACGAUCUAAAGGACGGGAAACACAUCUUAGAAUUCUCUAAUCACAGGAACCCGAGUCUGUUUGGACAUGAAACACCGAUAUAUGCAAUAUCAAGUAAUCGUGUCUUAUUAGCUGCUUGUCUUGAUAACGCCUCGGUUGCCAUAUAUCUGCUAGAGAAUAGUUUGGAAUGCGGAAAAAAGGACUUAAAGGACCUGGACCCAAAGGAAACUCAAAGAGUAAUGCUGAUAGAAUUCAUUAACAAUGACGAACAGCUAUUAAUUUUAAAAGAAGAUAGAGAGACAUAUGACGUGGAGGCUACUAUAUGGGAACUAUUUACGUGCAGACCUGUCAGGAAUGUAAAAAUUAACGAGCUAAAUAAGUUCUUCCAAAAGUCUAUUUUUUAUUCUACCACUUGUGCUGAGAAAGAGUCAUUAAACGCCAGAGAUGAAACAGUAUUAGAACGUUCAGGAGUGUACGAAUGGGACGAUAGUGCAAAAUUGCUAAAAUUUCUGGAAAAGUCAGGGCAUAAUUGGCGUGUGAAUACCGAGAAAUGCACUUCAAGUUACACAGAAGAAGUAAUAGUAAAGAAUCAUACUUCAGGCUAUAGCACUAACAAGCCCAGAAUCGCUAUCGAUGGUGAGAAAUUCCAUUUCAAAGGAACAGAUUACUUGGAGAUCCGAUGGCCGCUCGAUCCUUGUAAAGUGGUUACCGAUGCAUGUCAGGCAUUAAACGAACGUGUAGAUGAGGAUUCCAAGCAAAAAGAAGGCAACUACGUUAAACGUUAUAAGCUGAAACAUCAGCUCACUGAUAUUGUUCGAAGAUUCAUUAGACAACAUCCUAAUGAAUGGCGUCUACUCGAAGUGCGUUAUGAGUUGAUGCAGUGCUUACUUAGGGGAGGAUGUUCUCGUCUGGUAAAGGAUCUUGUCGCAGUAAGUGGUGAACAUAGUGAUGAAAGAGGCAAAGAUGAACAAAAUUUGCACAUACCACUCUACUUUCCGCGAGAGCACACAACUGAUAAAGACGGAAACCCAAAGGAGAAAGACAGCGACUUGAGCAUACCACUCCAUUUUCCCCGAGAGCACACAUGGGAAACUGAUAAAGACGGAAACCCAAAGGAGAAAGACAGCGACUUGAUGAUAACUAUGGAGGAGAAGCCUAAGUUGACUGACAAUUUCCUCACCUAUUACGCUCACCUUUCCAACGAACAUUUUGGUUGGUUGUGCACAGCAAGAAAAGCCUUAACUCGACUAUCUGAGAAAGAGCAUUUAGUUAUGCUUAAAAACAGAUUUUUUGCUCAUCCAACAUUCAUGGGAAGGCCUACAUCUCAGCAUAAGAUUCCUUUAAGAACGCACUCAAAUAUCUUUGGUUCGUUCCCAAAGUUAACAGACGACUUGGAAGAGCUAAAAAAGAAGCUAGUAAUCAAGAAGAUAGAACAAGUUUCCCAAGUACGGAAAGAUUGGAAAUUUAUUCAUGAUAUUAUAAAUUUUCAAAAUCUUCUUCGACUUAUUUUCAUGCCUUUACUCGUGUGGGAAAUCAUUGAAUUUGUUUGGCAUGGGAUAUACAGAAUGAGGAAUCCCGAGAGGGGUCCUGAAAAGUAUGUAAAAGUUUUGCAUCGCGUCCCGAUGCCAUGCGAUGAGAAAGUAGCCGAGUUACUUAAGCAGGCUGUCGAUGAUGAGAACAGCGAAAUUACCUUUGAUAACCCAGCUAUCGCCGGACUUGUUAAUUCGGCAUGGGCAGCGACCUCUUUUUAUUACCAAUCAUACAUGUUCUUUCAUAUAUACUUUCUAGUGCUAUUUGGCACAUAUAUCUUCCGUUUUGAUGACACGGAUAAGCAAAGGGAAAUAGCACAUAUAACGUACAUAAUUGGAAUUGGCCUUGUAAUAGUUCAAUUGUAUGCAAUUCGACGGCUCAGGUCAUUUUAUGACAUGGUCAAAAUUUCAUGCAACUUGAUUAUGUAUAUAUCCACCAUAGUGUUGACGAUUAUUUUGGAGACCAAAAAAAAUUACCUUGGGAAUACAGUAUUACACGCCCUCAUUGCUGCUGCCACGUUUAUGUUAUGGUUCAAAUUACUGAUGCUUCUCAAACCAUAUGAAGGUGCUGGCAUUUAUGUAUUCAUCGUCAUUAGCAUAUUCGAGCAUCUUACCUGGUUCUUGAUAUCAUUAUUUAUCAUUUUGUUUGCAGUUGGACACACCAUGUAUGUGUUUUUGCAUAAUCCAUCGGAUGUUAAACUAGCACCAAAUGCUCUUAUAUUUGGUGUUAAUCUGACAACACCUGAUGGCGACGUCGCGACGAAUUACACCGUGUACCAGAAGUUAAAUGAAAAGGAUGUCUCGGACAAUAAUUUUGCAAGCUUUUGGAAUUCGGUGAUUUCAACUUACGGUUGGACCAAUGGAAGAUGGGAUGGUCUGGAUUGGGACUACUAUCCGCUUAAACUAUUCGUUAUUGCCUCAAGUUUACUUCUAGUUAUUGUUAUGCUGAACAUCCUUAUUGCUAUAAUUGGAGAUGUAUAUAACGCUGCUAAGAUAAAUGGUAGGCGAGAAAUCGUAAGGGCGCGCGCAGCAUUUUUGGUAAAUUAUGGUAGAACGGGUCUCAACACUAUACGAAAACGCAAUUCACACUAUAUAUAUGUCUUUGGUAACGAUUUUCAAUUCAAAAAUUGGGUUAAAGAAAAACAAGAAUUUCGAGAGUCUACCGAUCCGCUAGUAAAUAGGUUUAAUGGGAAUAACAGUUUACCGGUAUUAUUCCGUAUGCUCAAAAAGCUUCGCAGUAUAGUAUCCGAGAAAUUCCGACGGAACGCCAAAUUGAAUUAG